GUACUGCUGUACUUCCUGUUUUGCUUUUCUUUCGCUCCUUGCCUCCUCGGGUCGGGUCGACAUGGAAGAAUUUGCGAGACGGGGAGACAACCACAGCCUCUCCGUGAAGAAACGCGGUCUCUUCAAACACUGGUGGAAUUUAUAAACCAAACAGAAACGACGUGCAGCAGUAACACCUGCUGCGGGGCUUCCGAAACCCUCACUCCGCCUCUGGCGUCCGCGGGACAUGGCUCUCAGCUCGGGCGGCUGGGCUCCUCCAGCCCCGGUCCCUGCCUCGUCCCAACAGACUGCAUGCGGCGGGCCUGCGCUGUCGGCUUGCUGCAGUACUGUUUUAAUGUCGGUGCGGGUUUCGGUGUGCCAUUCCGGAAUCCGGCCCCUGUGCCUCCCCGGAGCGGGAAGCGAGGCUCUGCGUCUACAGCUUAGCAUGGACCCCAGCCGGGCCGGAGAGUUCCGACUGGCGCUGCGAGAUACGAGCGGAAACCGCAGUGUGUUAAUUGCAGAGUUUGACCUGCGCUCAGUGCAGUAUGAGGUCAAAUCCCCACGCUGCCAUGAGAUGCGUCUCGUUGCUCCGCCCCACGACUGCAUCCGCUUCAACUUCCGCUGCGACCGCGAAGCCGAGGAGUGGGCCACGGUGGUGAUGUCAUCGUUGAGGGAGGCACAUCGAGUUGCAAAUUCAUGUGAAUCUGACGGCAGACACGACAACGCAGCAGCAACAGCGACAGCGACAGCAACACCAGCGGAUCAGUGGAGCUCGGCCUCGCUGCCGCUCACCGAGGAGCUGUGCUUAGAACUCGCCAGGGUGAUUAAAGCCGGCGACACGCAAGCGGCUUCGCAGCACGCGUCUGCUCUGGCUCGGCAAAAAGCAGCGCUGACGAUCCAGCUGUCUGAAAAGAACUACGCAGACGGAGAGAUCAAUUUAUCCGUGGUAGUGGAGGACGUUUCGUCAUCCUGUUGCGUCACAGUGAAAGUCUUUCCUUACAUGACUGUGGCUGCACUCAAGCAACAGGUGUUUCUCGAGUAUGGUUUCCAUCCUCGCGUGCAGCGCUGGGUGAUCGGCCAAUGUCUGUGCACUGAGCCGAGGUCGCUGGCCUCCUACGGGGUGCAGAAGGACGGUGACACGGCGUACCUGUACCUGAUCUCUGCCCGACAGGCACGCAUCACCCGCCAGCUGUUCCAGCAGGACUUGGAGAGCGCCCUCCUUGCCCCACCGCUCCCACUAGGCAACGGCCCCACCUCCCAAGACUGGAGGGGUUACAGCACUCUGCCCUCGAGGCUCCCUCACAACAACCAGGGAGGAAGCGACAAACCAGGUGACGCCAGAGAUGUCCUCGACAUCGAGAAUCUGCACCUGAAUGACCAUACAAACAAAGCCAAUAAAACACAGCAGACGGAGUGGGCUUGUCCCUCAUGCACUUUCAUCAACAAGCCAUCCCGUCCAGGCUGCGAAAUCUGUGCUACAGCCAGACCUGACACACACAGCCAGCAGGAGAGGGGAAGGAGAGAGGAUCGAGGAGAGUCUGGUUUAAGCAGCGGCAGCAGCUGACUGCCCACCGUCGCCGGCUAGUCUCCAUGUCACACCCACUUACACACACAAUCAAACACACACAGAGUGAGGAUGCUAUCUGCCAUGUACAUGUCGACAAAAUACUCACACAAAGACUGGCAAGUGCACUGAGAGUCCUCAGCUCGCCGGCUGCUGAAGACGUUUGAAGCACUGUAGCAUGACGCAGAGCGGCACUGGCCGAGGCUCCGACGAUCAACUGCUGACAGAGAGCAUCAGCUUUGACCGUUGAUACGGACAUGACCAUGCCAUACUGAGUUUGGCCUGACCUCUUUGUUAUUUAUUUUACAGGGUGCGUGUGGUGCAAACCACACAGACGGCCUAGUAUUUAUUUUAGGUGAGAGAGACGCGAGUUCUUUACGUUUGAUUGCAGUUGAAGAUAUUCUAAGUAUCCGCAGAGCGAGAGGUGAAGGUGAGGCCUCGUGUGCUGUACCUUCUUCUGUCUGUUAGUAUGUCAUCUGCUGGUGCCAUAAAAAAAAAAAGUUCGAAGCCAUGGCUGAGAAAAGACGGUGUGUUUACAGGGUUCUUAAGUGCUUUUUUUAAAAAAUAACAUUGUAUUAAGUGUAUUAUUUUUGACAAGACUCACUGAGUAAUUGUUGUAGUUGUUGUCCAGCAGUUGAUCUAAUUUUACUCAGUUUCCUCUCAGCUGUGACAGCAACAGAAUGGUUUGUUUUCAGUACAUAAUACUGUAAAAACAUGCAUCCACUGAAUAAACAUAACAGAACUAAACAAA